AUGAAACCCGCGAUAGCGAUCCCAGCUACCGCAGCUCUCGUCUACCGAGCCUGGUCGAGGAAGUCCCUCACGCCCGUCGGAAUCCUGACCGCGUUCCUCACAGCCGUCGCGCACGCCGUGCAUCCGUGGAGCGUCUUCUUCGCCCUCUUGACCGUCUUCUUUUUGGCUGGUACUGCCGUAAAACACAAUGUCAAAGCAACGCUCACGCAGUCCGCGACAGGCGCAUCCGGCGGAGAAGGGCCACGGAACCACAUUCAAGUCCUCGCAAACUCGCUCAUUGCCUCCGUCUUGAUCUUACUACACACAUGGCAAUUACAUAAGGAAGGGACGUACUGGAAUGAGGACUUGUGCUGGAAGUCUGGCGGCGAUGUCAUCGUCAUCGGUAUUGUUGCAAACUACGCCGCUGUCGCCGCUGACACUUUCUCAUCCGAGCUGGGCAUUCUCUCUACCUCGAAGCCGCGCCUGAUCACCGCACCGUGGCGCGUUGUCCCGCCAGGAACGAACGGAGGCGUCACGAUGGCAGGACUCAUCGCCGGAUGGGCCGGCGCCUCGCUCAUAGCGGGAACAUCGGUGCUGCUGCUACCGUUCUGCAAGACUUGGAGCCCGGCCGACAAGGCGAUAUUCACGUAUGCGAUCUCCGCUGCUGGGUUCGCGGGCACACUGUUGGAUUCGCUGCUCGGUGCGCUGUUCCAGGCCAGCGUCGUGGACGUGCAUUCUGGGAAGAUUGUUGAGGGUGCGGGCGGCAGGAAGGUCAUGAUUCAUAGCACGAUUCCUCACUCGAAGCUCACGUUGGAGGCGGAGAGUGGGAAGUCUUCUGGUGUAGAGACCACAAACGUUCAAGCGACGAGGACACAGAAGGCUGGAGGUUCGGGAUCGGAUGUUGCGGAGGGAUAUCAUGAGAGCCGCAAGGUAGAGGUCGGACAUGAUAUCCUCGACAACAAUGCUGUCAACAUAGCUAUGGCGGGGAUUGCUCUCCGCUUCGUCCCCCAAAAAGCCCACCCAACCUCCACCACCCUCGAGACCUCCGCCCCCUCAGCACCAGGCGUCCACGACGCCCUCCGCUCCCGCCUCUCCCUAACCUCACCCGCCCCCUCAAACACCACAACCUCAUCCUCCCCCGCACAGCUCCAAUCCACCCACCCCCUCGAAGCCCGCCUCGCAAACUGGCGCGCCACGCAAGACGCCCUAAAAAUGACGAUGCUGCGCCGCCAAUUCGGCAUCGCGGAGCCCGUGCGCCGGGGCAUGGAGCUCAAGAUCGCGCGGGAGGGCGAGUGGAGGCCCGCUGCGUUGGGCGGUGCGGCUGGUGUGCACAGGGAUAUCCUCGAGGGGAGGGACGCCGAGAUCGGGUGGGAGGACGUCUUUACGGGCCAGGAGAUGAGGCAGGUUCCGGACUUUCAUACCGAGAUGGAGGGACGGUUGAGGAUGAAUUGGUAG